UACCGAUAGCCAAGGUAAAAAUACGUCAAUAUGGUUAAGGCUCGUAAAUAUGUUGUGAAAAAGCAUUUCGAAGGAAUCCCUAAACGUGAAGAUUUCGAAAUUGUGGAGUACGAUCUUCCGCCCUUGCAAAAUGGAGAACUUCUUGUCAAGGCCGAAUGGGUGAGUGUCGAUCCAUACCAGAGAGCCUAUAAUAGUAAGUAUCCGGUACCAUAUGAUCAAUUUGGUUUCAUUGUGGGAGAAGUGGAAGACACAAGAAACCCUCGAUUCACCAUAGGUACAAAAGUUGUUACACAUAAUGGUUGGUGUGAUUACUGUGUUGUAAACCCCAAUGAAUCCAAAGGUAUGUUUGACUUUGUGUACAAACUGCCUGAUUUAAAAGGUUUGUCCCCAUCUGUUGGCAUUGGGGCAGCCGGUAUGGUUGGAAUAACAGCAUAUUUUGGGUUCCUUGAAAUAUGUCAACCUAAAGCUGGAGAAACUGUUGUUGUGACUGGUGCAGCUGGUGCAGUUGGUUCCAUUGUGGGGCAAAUUGCUAAAAUUAAAGGGUGCAAGGUUAUCGGAUUUGCAGGAACAGAUGAUAAAGUUGCAUGGCUCCAGAACGAGCUAGGAUUUGAUAAGGCGUACAAUUACAAGACUUGUAAUGUUAAUGAGGUACUUAAAGUUGCUGCUCCGAAUGGUGUAGACUGUUACUUUGACAAUGUUGGCGGAGAAAUGAGCAGUAUAAUCAUCGGUCAUAUGAAUGAUUUCGGCAGAGUGUCUGUAUGCGGUAGUAUAAGUGCGUAUAACGAUGAUGUUUCCCAGUUACCACGGGCUCCCAUUUUACAAUUCCACGUUGUUAUGAAGCAAUUGAAAAUCGAAGGAUUUUUGGUUCACCGUUGGCUUAACCGUUGGCCAGAGGCAAUAGAAGAGCUUUGUAAAUGGGUUUUUGAAGGUAAAAUUAAAACAAAAGAACAUAUAACUGAAGGGUUUGACAACAUAUUCAAUGCCUUUGUUGGAAUGUUAGCUGGUGAUAAUACCGGCAAGGCGUUAGUGAAACUAUAAGUCGACAUUUUAUUGUGUUUCGACGGUACAGCUUUUUUGUUUACGAAUUAUAUGAAUUAUGUGUAAAAA